AUGGAGUCCGACACUGCCAAAAAGGCUGCUGGUGCAUACUUCGAGUACAAACCUCUUGAGGACGUGGAAAGGCUUGAGCGGUAUCGUUCGGGAGGCUACCACCCUGUAGCAAUUGGUGACCACCUCCAUGGCCGUUACCGCAUUGUGCAUAAAUUGGGCUUUGGUGGCUACUCAACAAUUUGGCUUGCACGAGACGAGGAAAUCGGCCGGUAUGUUGCUAUGAAGAUUUCAACCGCUGAUAGCAACUCCCACGAGUGUAACAUACUUCGUCAUCUCGGCUCUGUAGGUAUGCCGAACGACAAGCAUCCCGGCAAAGCUAGCAUUCCUCAGAUAUUGGAUGAGUUUGAUAUCAAGGGCCCGAACGGGGAACAUCGAUGCAUCGUCACUAGUCCUGCGAGCACCAGCCUAUCCGAUGCUAGAGAGGCGUCCUAUACUAGGCUUUUUCAACUGCCUGUGGCACGAGCUAUCAUUGCUCAGCUCAUUCAAGCUGUGGCCUUUUUACAUUCUCGAGGUAUCGUUCAUGCUGACAUCUACAUCGGUAACAUCUUAUUUCGCCUCCCUCAGACCCUGGAUAGCAUUUUGCCAGAGGAGAUCUAUUCACAGUAUGGCCAGCCGCAUUGUGAGCCUGCUCUACGGUUGGAUAAACAAGCCCUCUCCAAAGGUGUCCCAGAAUAUGGUAUUCGGCCAGUAUGGCUAGGCAAAGAUAGCGAGCUCAUCCCUUUAUCUGAAGCCAACAUUAUUAUUACUGAUUUUGGGGAAUCGUUCUUGCCAUCUACCACGCAACGACACUACUCAAAUACUCCUGCUCUUUCAGCCCCCCCUGAGAUCCGGUUCUCACCUGAGAUGCCUCUCUCAUUUCCCAUUGACAUUUGGAGUCUUGCCUGCGCCAUAUGGAGUAUCAUGGGCACACGGCCGCCUUUUGAGGGGCUUGCUCCGACUCCUGACUGGAUGACAAUAGAACAUGUUACUCUUCUUGGCAGACUGCCGCCGGAGUGGUGGGAAAAGUGGGAUGUACGCUUACAAUGGUUCAAUGAAGAUGGGACAAGAAAUCACGAGGAGUUAGGGAGACCAUGGGCAGAGCGGUUUGAAAAAUUUGUGCAGGAGCCCAGGCGGAAAUGUGGCAUGGAGGAGCUUGGUGAUGAAGAGAAAUAUGCUCUGCUUGGCAUGCUAAAAGCCAUGCUGAUGUUUAGACCCGAGGAGAGGUUAACUGCUGCCGAAGUCCUGGAAUCCAAAUGGAUGAAGGAGUGGGGGUUUCCGGAGCUUGAAAGGAUGUUGCAAACAUGA